CUCAAGCUUUGUUUUGGCUUUUCUUCCGCCUGUGACUGCCAGCAGUUCAGGAUCUUUUGCCUUGGCCAUGAACAUCGCACGAAAUGUGGUCGGCAGAAUGCAAAGGCAAUGCCGGACUGGCGGUUGCAGCCUCUGGCAUGCACGUGGCAUGUCUGCAGUGGCAGGAGCGGAGCUUUCUAAUCUUCCACAAAGGUUGGAGGAGCUUGCACUCCCCACCAAGCGGCGCAUUGAGGAGGCCAAGGCCUUGCAUCCAGCAUUCUAUACUGAUGCAUCCUAUGCGCAGACGGAGCGAGAGCGAAUCUUCGGGAUGAAUUGGUUUGCAGCUGCCCAUGUUCAGGAACUGUCGAGCCCUGGGGAUGUUCGAGUCAUCGAGGUGGGCAAGACAUCUAUCAUCUUGACGCGCGACAAGAACCACAAGCUGCAUGCGUUCUACAACUCGUGCCGGCAUAGAGGAGCUCGAGUGUGCUCCACCGGAGCAACCGGGUGCAAGCAGCUAGUGUGCCCGUACCAUUGGUGGGCCUACCGUCUGGACGGCUCCCUGAAGUCAACACCUCCAACUGCAAUGCCAAAGGAGCGCAAAGAGGAGUUAGGUUUGAUUCGAGUUCCGGGCCUGGAGACCUUUGCAGGCAUGAUUUUCCUAAACCAGACGCCAAACCCACCUCCUCUUCGUGAUGCCUUGGGAGAUUUGCCGGAGAAGCUGACGCGCUAUGAUUUGGACGAUAUGCAAUUGUUCAAGCAGAAAAAGUACGACAUUGCAGGUGACUGGAAGCUGAUCGCCGAGAACUUUGUGGACUUUUACCACAUAGAUGCAGUCCAUCCGGAGCUAUCAAGGUUCUCCCGCGUAGAUGAUCACCAGCCAUAUCAAGGCGGCGGCCAGUACGUGGGCUUUGUGACGUCCCCCUUGACAGACUGCGGAGGGCCUGGAGACAAAAUCAACUUCAACUCGUUUCCCAGAUUGCGAGCCAUCGAGUCUAACUCCGCACUGUUCUUCCACAUUUUUCCCAAUGUGUCAGUUACAAUCUAUCCUCACUCAGUGUAUACAUUGCUGACCCUGCCAUCUGGUGCGCACGGACGGACGCAGGAGCAGCUCACUCUGCUAAUGUCACCAGAAGCGAGAAAGAAUGACACGUCGCAAGACGAGUAUCACGAGAGGUGUGAUGCGUUGAUGAAAUUUGUGGUGAACAUCAACGACGAGGAUGUGGAUGCCAUUGAGAAUCUGCAACAGGGGUUGUCCAACCUGGAAGGACAAGGCAUGCAUGGUGAAUUCAUCCCAAAGUACGACUGGCCAGUGCACCGAUUUCAGAACAUGGUGCUAAGCGGCCUGCACGGCCAUGCUUUGAAUGAGGACAACAUGCCAAAGCUUGCUAAUGCGUUUGAGCAGAAGGUCCUCAGCGGCUGAGGUUCUGAAAUGGCUCUGGGCGGCUGACCUACCCCAAACAGUUGAGUCUACGCUCUCUAGGUUUUCGAGGUAGGCAGAUAGGAGGAUGUGCGCAGCUUUGCACAAUCUACUCGACGCCCCAUGGGUGUUUGAAGUAGUACAACUAGGAUGGCCUGAGCAGAUGUACACUGUGUAGAUAGCAUCAAAUCGUCAUUGCGAUGCCGCGAAUUCAUAUUUUGGAGCGCUUCCAAUCAAUCAGUCAACAAGGUUUGCUUCUUUUGUUUGUGUAG